AUUUCCUCUGUAGACAGAGAGCAACAAACCAAAAAAAAAAAAAAAAUGUCCGCCCAUCUUCUUCCUCCCCGCUCCCGACCGUACCUCCAUCCAUCUAUUCGUGUCAAUUAAUAUUCUUCCUCCAAUCCCCUACCUGCGGCUUUUAGGAUUCCAUCCCCUCCCUUCCGCCGCCGCACUCUGCAUCCAGUUUCAGUGCAGGAACUUCUGGUGUGGAACCUGUGGUUAUGUCUUCAUCGUUCCCAAUUCUUCAUAAUUCAACCGCAGACAUGUACCCCAAAUUACCGGAUACUUUCCAGAUUCCUUCUGAGAGGGAGAUGGUGAGAAACCCUAUGCAUCAACACACACCUCCAAUGGGUUAUAGUACUGGGACAGUCGAGCACUUGUUCUCAUCCUCUUCCAGAUUCGCUGAAGAGAUGCAUGUUUCUUCACCCCAGGGAAAGCAUUCUUGGAAUUUGCCAUUGGUUUCUCAAUCCCCCAUUGGAAGAACAAGUUUUCCUCCAUUGCUGGCUCCCCAUAUGGAAGCACAAUCCUCAACAUUGGGUAGUAGUCACUCUGAAGAGAGUAUGAUUGGUUGUUUUCCCAUUGAUCCGCUUCUUCUCGAUUUCCCGGAGGAUGUGUAUAUUCCAAAUGUUUUUCAUGAUGAGCGUGGAUGUGUGGUUGCGUCUGAAGACCUCACCACGAGAACGACGGAUUUGCUGUUGGAUUAUCAGUUGAUGGCGGCUGAUGAUGAUCUCAUUACGGACUGGAAUGAAAUCAGUACUGGAGUUACUGGCAUUGAGACCAACCAAAAGGCGCCACAACAAUUGUCUAGUAUGCCAACUAUCUUAGCAGAGCAACCUCAGUUUAAUCAGCAUCUUCAACAAUCAUCUAGUAACUCGGUGCCAACUAUCUCACUAGAGCAAGCUCAGUUUAAUCAGCAUCUUCAACAAUCAUCUAGUGACUCGGUGCCAACUAUCUUGGUUGAGCAACCUCAAUUUAAGCAGCAGCUUCAACAAUCAUCCAGUAACUCGGUGCCAACUAUCUCAGUAGAGCAACCUCAAUUUAAUCAGAAGCUUCAACAAUCAUCUAGUAAGCUGGUGCCAGCUCUAUCAGUAGGGCAACCACAAGUGAAUCAGCAGCAAGCUGCUGUUAGUGGAGAAGUAAAAUCUGCUGCCACCCCACUGUCCUCUGCACCAGCAUCAAGCAAAACCAGGAUGAGAUGGACACCAGAGCUUCAUGAGGCUUUUGUGGAUGCAGUCAAUCAGCUUGGUGGCAGCGAACGAGCUACCCCAAAGAUUGUCUUGAAGCUAAUGAAUGUUGAAGGAUUGAAUAUUUAUCAUGUCAAAAGCCACUUGCAGAAGUACAGAACAGCAAGAUACAAACCAGAGCCAACUACUGAAGACUCGGAGAAAAAGUUGAGUUCCCUUGACGUAAAGAGAUCUAUGGACUUGAAUACAGCCACAGAGAUAACUGAAGCUUUAAGACUACAGUUGGAAGUUCAGAAGCAAUUACAUGAACAACUCGAGACUCAGCGUAAAUUACAGGUGAGAAUCGAAGAACAGGGAAGGAAUCUGCUGAUGAUGUUUGAGAAACAAAAGAUGGGGGAGGACAAAACCAAGCUUCCUUCCCACUCCUUAGUCAAUGAUACACAGUCGCAUGCACAUGCACUUCAGCCUCGUGAAGACGAUAAAUUAGAAGCAGCAGAUGGUGAAGAAAGCUUCCAUGACCCGAUCACAAAGCGAACAUCACCAGGGGCUGGAAACCCAAAGAACACCCUCGACCAAACUGAAGAGGAAGAGUCCAGUCCAGUGCAGGCGAAACGAAAAAGGACGGUCUAAACAUCAUCAGCGGCUGCAUCAGUGUAGUCUCAUUCCAUUUAUCUUAUUAUUACUUGGGUAAGUUGAUUAGGGUACGAUGUUGCAGCGGGGUUUUGGGGAUGAGAUUUUUGUUAUUUUCAGUGAAUGGUUUGGCAGUUGCCGCGGUGAUGGCAAAGCAACGUCAAUGGCUCCCUUUCGCUGUUUUUAUGUCGGAAGUUGGUCUAGUUUCAUCAUAUGUGACAUUGCUGUACAUAUUUUGUGACAACUAGAAAGUUGAAAAUAAUUCAAUGGAAGAGGUCGGAUAGAGACGGAUUUGAGGCUACCGUAGUUUGGUGUUGCCAGUUGCCACACUACAUGGCAGUUAUUGCAUAUUAGUGCCUUUGGGGUAUAUGCUUGUUGUUGGUGUAAGAGUAAGAGUUUCGUUCGGUUCUAAUAGAGAU